AUGUCCGGCCAAAAGGUCCGUAUCGCUGCGAUCCAGGCUGAGCCUGAGUGGAACAACCUCCAGGCCGGUGUUGAUAAAGCUAUUGCCUUGAUCGAGGAAGCCGGAAAGAAUGGAGCUAAUGUGCUCGGCUUCCCCGAAGUCUUCAUUCCGGGCUACCCAUGGAGCAUUUGGGCGAAUUCGCCUUGCGACAAUGCAAAGUUCAUGGACGAGUACUUCCGCAACUCCCUUGCCAAGGACUCUGAAGAGAUGGACCGCAUCCGCUCUGCCGUCCGCGAAGCUGGCAUAUUUGUUGUCCUCGGCUACAGCGAACGAUGCAAUGGCACACUGUAUAUUGCACAAAUCAAGCCUACCCACGUCGAGCGCGCCUACUGGGGCGACGGCCAGGCCGAGUCCCUCAAGACAGUCGUCGAGACGCCCUUUGGCAAGGUCGGAGGUCUCAACUGCUGGGAGCACUCGCAGACCCUGCUGAGGUACUACGAGUACGCCCAGGACGUCGACAUCCACGUCGCGAGCUGGCCCCUGAUCUGGGACAUGCCCGACGACGGCAUGCCGUGGCUCUACCACAUCACGCCGACCAUGUCGCAGCGCAUCUCCCAGGUCAUGGCCAUGGAGGGCGCCUGCUUCGUCAUGGUCUGCACGCAGAUACUGACGGAGAAGAACAGGGAGAAGAACCGCCUGCAGGGCUUCGGGUACGCGCGGACGCCCAGCGGCGGCUUCACCAUGAUAUAUGGGCCUGACGCUACGGAGCUCUGCAAGCCUCUGGACCCUGGCGAGGAGGGCAUUCUCUACGCUGAUGUUGACCUCCACGCCAAGGCCUUGGCGAAGCAGAACCUUGAUAUCGUCGGCCACUACUCCCGCCCUGAUCUUCUGAGCCUGAGGGUUACUAAGGAGGUGGGCACACCGAUUCACUUCUUGGAGAAGAAGUAA